AUGAUCUCCAUGCUGUACGAGCGAGAUUCGCACCAAAAGGAGAGAUCGCACAUGCGUCACUCGACUUCUGUCGGUCACGUGCGAGGCAAAUUCUGGAGAAACAGCCCGAAGAGACCAGACCAGGCCAGCGCACAGUCCACCGGCACGGCAGAAGCGAUCUUCAUGUCCUCGAUCAUUGCACCACGAUCCAACAUCGGCCACCACCAAGCGGAAUACCCACAGCAGCAACAUCACUCACAAUAUCCCACUCCGACGCAGCGCAGCGCAAGUCCUUCCGCUCCACCCUACUCACCGAUCACGCCAAAAGUCCAGCCGGCCCUCCCAGUCACAAACAACACUUCACCCGCCGCGUUUGUUCCACCUGAAAAUGGAGGGAACUUCACAUUCUCCCACCCAAACACGCCCGGCCAACAACCUCAGCCGGAGGCGACCUCAACGAUGAACCCGCCAAUCGCACAAUACAUCGCUCCACCACCAACAUUACCGUUCUCCGGCGAGGAUUCGACAGAUGCGAUAGCAUUAAGAGCCGCAAUUUCAACCCUACAGUUCCAGAAGAAGAAGGCGCAGGAUGAUCUGAAGACUUUGGCAGAUAUCAAGAAGCUGGCGCUCGAUGACCCAGAGCACUUCAAGGCGGAGCUAUCAGCGGGCAAGCUGAAGGAGGAGCGGCCCAAGAUUGGCGAUCUGCGAGCGAUUCUUGAUGGGUCGAAUGGCAGCGAUAGUGACGAUGAAGAGGAGCCGGUCACUCUGGGCGCUGAGAGGGAAGACGAGGCCGGAAUUUCAACACAAUCGACCGAGCUGCGGACUGAGAUACCAGACUCACAACCCUCCCAACCCUCGCAACUGCCAUCGAAGAGGUCUUCACGAUCAUCCAUGGACAUCGACAAAGCAAAGUCCUUCCCACGAAUACCAGGCCCACAAGACAUAGUCAGAACACCCUACGUCAACUGGGAGAAAUACGGCGUGGUAGGCGGCCCACUAGACAGCAUCCACGCGCAGCAGCAACGAUGGCCCGGUAGCGAGAACUUCACACGAGAUCGAGGCAGAGAGUACUCGAUAGCAGCGCCCUACAAUCCAUUUCUGGACGCGCUCGAGGCACAGCCGAGACAUGAUGGGCAGGAGAUACGCCAGGAUUCGGGUUCGACGCCUGUGUCGGCCACGGGCACGAUCAGCGAGCAUCCGAUGGAGACGAGGAGUCGGAAUUAA